CGAGGGACAGGCUCGGGAGGGAUCCGAAGGGGCAGAGGAGCUCAGAGGAGAUGCAGAUCCGCUGGGAGGGGAGCGAGGGCCUCUGUCAGAAUACCUGGUGCAGCAUCUCGGGAGGCCUGAGGCUUUGACCCUCUGGAGCAUGAAUGCCAAGCUGUUCGGUCCUGGGCUGUGUUAGCAGGCCCCUCAGAGGAAGUGCGAUGGCCGCAGCAGCGGCUGCGUCUCACCUGAACCUGGAUGCCCUCCGGGAAGUGCUGGAAUGCCCCAUCUGCAUGGAGUCCUUCACAGAGGAGCAGCUGCGGCCCAAGCUCCUGCACUGUGGCCACACCAUCUGCCGCCAGUGCCUGGAGAAGCUCCUGGCCAGUAGCAUCAAUGGUGUGCGCUGUCCCUUCUGCAGCAAGAUUACCCGCAUCACCAGCCUCACCCAGCUGACGGACAACCUGACCGUGCUGAAGAUCAUUGACACGGCGGGGCUCAGUGAGGCCGUGGGGCUGCUCAUGUGCCGGUCCUGUGGGCGGCGGCUGCCCCGGCAGUUCUGCAGGAGCUGCGGCCUGGUGCUGUGUGAGCCCUGCCGGGAGGCUGACCACCAGCCCCCUGGCCACUGUACGCUCCCCGUCAAAGAGGCAGCCGAGGAGCGGCGCCACGACUUCGGAGAGAAGCUGGCCCGUCUGCGGGAGCUCAUGGGGGAGCUGCAGCGGCGGAAGGUAGCCUUGGAAGGGGUCUCCAAGGACCUCCAGGCCAGGUAUAAAGCAGUGCUCCAGGAGUAUGGGCACGAGGAGCGCAGGGUCCAGGAAGAGCUGGCCCGCUCUCGGAAGUUCUUCACGGGCUCUCUGGCCGAGGUGGAGAAGUCCAACAGUCAGGUGGUGGAGGAGCAGAGUUACCUGCUUAACAUUGCCGAGGUGCAGGCCGUGUCUCGCUGUGACUACUUCCUGGCCAAGAUCAAGCAGGCGGACGUCGCGCUCCUGGAGGAGACCGCGGACGAGGAGGAGCCGGAGCUCACGGCCAGCCUGCCCCGCGAGCUUACCCUGCAGGACGUGGAGCUGCUUAAGGUCGGCCACGUCGGCCCCCUCCAAAUCGGGCAGGCUGUUAAGAAGCCCCGGACUGUCAACAUGGAAGACUCCUGGGCCAUGGAGGCAGCAGCCUCUGCCGCCUCCACCUCUGUUACGUUCAGAGAGAUGGACGUGAGCCCCGAGGAAGUGGUCGCCAGCCCGAGGGCCUCGCCUGCGAAGCAGCGGGGCUCCGAGCCAGCCGCCAACAUCCAGCAGUGCCUCUUCCUCAAGAAGAUGGGGGCCAAAGGCAGCACGCCAGGCAUGUUCAACCUCCCGGUGAGUCUCUACGUGACCGGUCAGGGCGAGGUGCUGGUUGCCGACCGAGGCAACUACCGAAUCCAAGUGUUCACUCGCAAAGGCUUUUUGAAGGAGAUCCGCCGCAGCCCCAGUGGCAUUGACAGCUUUGUGCUGAGCUUCCUUGGGGCUGAUCUGCCCAACCUCACGCCUCUCUCAGUGGCCAUGAACUGCCAGGGGCUGAUUGGUGUGACUGACAGCUAUGACAACUCCCUCAAGGUAUACACCUUGGAUGGCCACUGCGUGGCCUGUCACCGGAGCCAGCUGAGCAAACCCUGGGGCAUCACAGCCCUUCCAUCUGGCCAGUUCGUGGUAACUGAUGUGGAAGGUGGAAAGCUCUGGUGCUUCACUGUUGACCGGGGGGCAGGGGUGGUCAAAUACAGCUGCCUCUGUAGUGCCGUGCGGCCCAAGUUUGUCACCUGCGACGCUGAGGGCACCGUCUACUUCACGCAGGGCUUGGGCCUCAAUCUGGAGAAUCGGCAGAACGAGCACCACCUGGAGGGCGGCUUCUCCAUUGGCUCUGUGGGCCCCGAUGGGCAGCUGGGUCGCCAGAUUAGCCACUUUUUCUCAGAGAAUGAGGAUUUCCGCUGCAUUGCCGGCAUGUGUGUGGAUGCUCGUGGCGAUCUCAUUGUGGCCGAUAGCAGUCGAAAGGAAAUUCUCCACUUUCCCAAGGGCGGGGGCUAUAGUGUGCUCAUUCGAGAGGGGCUCACGUGUCCAGUGGGCAUCGCCCUCACUCCUAAAGGGCAGCUGUUGGUCUUGGACUGUUGGGAUCACUGCAUCAAGAUCUAUAGCUACCAUCUGAGAAGAUACUCUACCCCUUAGGGGAUAAGAGAGAACAGGUUCUUCUCCCCAGCCAGCUCCCUACCCAACCCCCACCCCCACCCCCACCCUUAUUCCUGGGUUAUUGGUGGUAUUGUAGAGUGCGCUUGGCCUAGGUCUUCAUUCCCGCUGGCUAAUCUUAGAAUUUUAGAAGCUCUGUCUUUUAGUAGUUUUUUGUUUCUGUUUGUUUCUUUCUGCAUUAUUUUCUUCCUAAAUUUAGAGCUUUAACGUGCAUUGCCCCAAAUAAGACAUAUGAUACGGGGUUAACUGAAGUUUGAUUAGAAUUUAGGCACUUCUGAGGCUUCAGUAGAGAGCCUCCUGCCCCUGUAUUUGAAAUUUGCCCUUAUACUGAAUCCUUGUUGAUUUCCCUCUUUUGGCCUCGUUAACCCCGGUCCCAUAUUUCCCUCCUAUUAUAAUGUGUUUCAUCUGUAAUACUUUCUCUUCAGCCCUGCUGCAUUUAGUGUGCAUGCUCCACCUUUCGUUUCAGACAUCACAGCCCUGGGGCAUGAUGUCUCAGGUCUCUUCACCUUUACCAGAGUGAAAGCUCACUCAUUUAGUGCCACCAAGAGACAUACACAGUCCCUUUGGACCUCUCGGCUCUGGAGGUUUUGUGCCAUCUUGGAUUGGUCUCUAAUUGCAGAUGUGACAGAGGAUGGAUUGACCCUAGUUGGUUGGUAUGGAAGACUUCAGCCUGGAAAUUGCUCGCCUUUUAUAGGAGCAUAUAGACUGGAAUUAUUUCAAAGCACAGAAAGAUGGGAAUAAACAAACACAAAUGCUAAUAUAGUCAGUAAACACUCUUGGAGAGUCUCUAGAGUUCAUCAUUUUUCAUAUUACCUCUCUCCACUGACCUGUGCUAAGAGUUGUCUGCAGAAUUGUACAACACAGGCCAGGGCCAGCAGAGUGGAGAUGUGGGCACAUCGCAUUUUCAUUACUAAGACAAAACUGUUGGGUCUUUAUUCUGUAUUUUCCUCAAGUGACUGCACAGUAUUUGGUUUUGAGAUUUAUUUCCAUUCCUCUAUCAGAAUUAAAUAAUUGAUAACUGUUUCUUCA